AUAACGAGUUAUAGCAACUUUCAAAUACAAGUACAUACGAUAAAGUAAAUUCGAAACUAAUCUAAUUUACACAAAUUUAAGUUUCACGAUCACAAGCGGAAAAUACACUCGUGGCACAAGACUAAGUAAUAAAUAUUUUUUUAACAGCAGAAUGUUCAAUCUGGGUGAAAACCAUAAAAACGAAACCGAAAGAAAUUGUCAUCUCCCAGUCUUCAGUACCCGUAUGUACGGGCACGGACACGUUACCUUUUGAAUAAGAUAAAGAGAGGAAGAUCAUUCGGUUAUUAGGUAAACUUCUAAGGAUCAGCAGAUUUGAUGUCGUGCUUACUGGACAAAGGACAAUUUUGUGUUAUGUUUAUAGAAGUGAAUUGCAACACUUUUUUACUUUUAGAUUUUUAAUAUGUCAAGCAACAUUCGGGUGUUCAUUUUUAUAAUACUGUCAGUGGUAUUAACGUUUCAUUAUGCAGAGCCAUGUGAAAGUAAACAAGGAAAAUUCAAAGUUGGUAAUAAUGACUCAUUUCCCUGGAUUAGUAUGCGCCUUCCUGAUAAAGUUGUACCCCUACACUAUGAUAUUCUUAUCCAUCCAAAUCUGACUAGCCUUAACUUUAGUGGCAUGGUCACAAUUGAAGUUCUGAUUAAAAAUGAUACUGAAUUCAUAGUAUUACAUAGCAAGGGCUUGGAAAUCACAUUUGCAAGUAUCCUCCUAGAAGCAGACUGGAAAACGGAUAGUGAAGAAAUGAAUCUUAAUGUAUUGGGGCAUAAAGCUCAUGAGCAAAUUGCCAUUAUGGCUAACAAGACUUUGCUUACAAACCAAAAAUAUCGCCUUCAUAUCAGAUUUCAAGCUAGUUUAGCAGAUGGAUUUGAUGGCUUCUACAAAAGCACAUAUCUAACCUCAGUGGGAGAAGAAAGGGUAUUGGCUACAACAGAUUUUGAACCGACUGCAGCAAGAAUGGCAUUUCCCUGUUUUGAUGAGCCAUCUUUCAAAGCUACAUUCUCAAUCAAAAUACGAAGGGAAAGGCAGCACAUUGCGUUAUCCAACAUGCCAAAAAUUCAAACCCUUGAACUUUCAGAUGGGCUGGUAGAAGAUUAUUUUAAUGUGACCAAAAAAAUGAGUACAUACCUUGUAGCUUACAUAGUAUGUGACUUCAGAUCUAUUAGUGCUAAUACUACUUCAGAUAUCAAGGUUUCAGUUUAUGCUGUCCCUGAAAAAUGGAAUCAAACACAGUAUGCUCUUGAAGUUGCAGUAAAAAUUUUAGAAUUUUAUGAAAAUUAUUUUAACAUUAGCUAUCCCCUUCCUAAACUUGAUCUAAUUGCCAUCCCAGAUUUCCAGUCAGGAGCAAUGGAGAACUGGGGAUUGAUAACCUAUAGAGAGACAUCUCUUCUGUACGAUGCUCAGACAUCAUCUUUAUCAGAUAAACAGUGGGUAACCAAGGUCAUAGCACAUGAACUUGCUCAUCAGUGGUUUGGCAACCUUGUAAUUAUGGAUUGGUGGAAUGACCUUUGGCUGAAUGAAGGAUUUGCCAGAUACAUGGAGCUCGUUUCAAUUAACAGUACCUUUCCAGAACUUCAAAUUGAUGAGUACUUUUUAAGUGUCUACUUUGGAGCAAUUUCAAGAGAUUCAUUAAAAUCUUCACAUCCGAUAUCCAAUGCCGCAGAGACACCAACCCAAAUAAUGCAAAUGUUUGACUCAGUCUCAUAUGAUAAGGGGGCAUGUUUACUAAACAUGCUGAAAGAUUUCCUUACAGAAGAAGUUUUCAGAGAAGGAGUUACUCGAUAUUUAAAAAAGUACAGCUAUAGAAAUGCAAAGAGUGAUGACUUAUUGAAUAUCCUAUCACUGACUUGCCCAGAAGAAGAUUUUAUAUCAGGACACAGUUGUUAUACAUCUACACAAGUAAGAAAGAAUGCCUACCGGUAUGUUAAAGAACCUCCGCAUUUAAAGGAAACUAUGGACUCCUGGAUUUUACAAAUGGGCAUUCCACUUAUUGUUGUGGAGAACAAUGGUAAUCAAAUCAUAGUCCAUCAAGAGCGUUUUUUAAAGGGAAUAUUCCGGGAUGAUCCUGAAUGGGAGGAGCUACAAUCAGGAUAUCUGUGGCAUGUUCCAUUAGCAUACAUCACCAGUGACUCUGACAAUAUUGGAAGGCAUUUAUUGAAAACAAAGUCAGAUGUUAUUCAAUUGGAAAAGGAAGUGAAAUGGAUAAAGUUUAAUCCUAAUAUGAAUGGAUACUAUCUUGUGCAUUAUGAAGGCAAUGGAUGGGAAACGUUGGGUCAAUUACUAAACCAGAACCACACUGUCCUCAGCAACAAGGAUCGAACCAACCUCAUUCAUAAUAUAUUUCAGCUGGUCAGCGUUGGUAAAGUUUCUCUUCACCAGGGUCUUGAUUUGCUACUAUAUUUGAAAAAUGAGACUGAUAAUCUCCCACUUCUACAGGGAAUAGGUUAUCUAGAGGUUUUAUACCAAAUGCUGGAGAGAAGGGGCAUUUCAGAUGUUGCAAAUAAUCUAAAGAAAUUUAUUUUACAGCAUUUCGGUGAUUUCAUUGAGAGGCAGACAUGGAGUGAUGAAGGUUCAAUAUCAGAGAAAAAACUUCGGACUGAGCUCCUGGGACUUGCAUGUCAGCUUCACCAUAAGCAGUGUAUAGAAAAAGCCAAACAACUCUUUGAUAACUGGAUGGCAUCAAACAGCUCUUCGAGCAUUCCUACUGAUGUACUAAGGACAGUAUACAUUAUUGGAGCACAAAGUCCUGAUGGCUGGAACUACCUCUUAGAAAAGUAUAGACUUUCAUUGUCAUCCUCUGAAAAAAAUAAGAUCUUAUCUGGAUUGACCCGCACUAGAGAUACAGAUAAGCUGACAGAACUCUUAGAAUUGUGCAUGAAAGGAGAUGUGAUUAAAACACAAGAUCUUGCAUCUGUUGUUGCCACCAUAAGCAAAAAUCCUGAUGGACAAUAUCUGGCUUGGGAGUUUGUGAAGAAUAAUUGGAACAAGCUGCUAGAAAAGUUUGAUGUGGGGUCAUUUUCAAUAAGAGGUAUUUUGUAUGGAACUACAGCCCAUUUUUCUUCAAAUAAAGAUUUGGAAGACGUCAAAGUGUUUUUCAAAUUCUUAAAAGAACAAGGACAUGAAUUAACUGUUGCAGAUGUUGCUGUAGAAAUGAUUCAGAAGAACAUUAAGUGGCUGGAACAAAAUCUUCAAGUAUUAAGAAAGUGGCUUGAGAAUGUAUUGUCUAAUGAGGCAUCAUGAAAUGCGUAAAACUAUAACCUUUGUUUUGCAAAGGAGAGACUUCAUUUAUAUAUCAAGGAAUUUAUGCCACAAACCAUGAAGAAGAAAAACGUGUCUUAAAUGAACGAUGGCAUAAUAAAAUUAAUAGAACCUGAUAAUUAAUGAAGCAGGUUGAAUGUGCAAAUGGUGAAGUAUGCAUUGAAAAGGAAUCAUCUCUCUCAUUCUUGUUGGACUUGUAUGCUUUACUCUUGGGUCAUUUCUUCUUUGAUUCUAGUAACUUGCUUUAAAGUGUGAUGUAAACUUAUUGUCCUUUUCCAGAGUUCACAGUACAGGAUGUCACAAUGCAACAAUUUUUGUGUUCAGUACGAAUAUCAGUUAAAUUCCAGGAUAACCGAACACUAUUCAGUACCACAGCAAAAAAAGAAUUCCUUUUACUGGCUUUCUAAUCAAAAGUACCUCCAUUGUUCAAGUGGACAAUAUUGUGCCUUUUUCUGUAACAGAAUAUAAAAUAUAUAAAUACUAAUAGUAACAACAAAUUUAAAAUACUGUAGUGGUAAAUCAAUUAAGCAGUAUCCCGUAUGGAUUCCUACAGUGUGACAGCAACUCAGGGGAUGUUACAGUCUUGGGGGGAUUUCUUUAUUGGGCUUUGUAAAGAAUGACACUGCCAGUGAUGCAGUUUCCUCCCAUGUUCCACAGUCCUAUAUGCUUGAUUCUGGAUGCGUGUAAUGGUUAGAAAAUGGAUGGAUGCUUCUGUUGACCUCUAUAGACGUCCAGUCUGAGAAUGAAUGCAAAGCCUAUGUUCCUUUAUCGGGGCUGUAUAGUACAGGGCAUUAAAAAGCAAUUAAUCUCACCAUCUACUAGUUAAAACAAUUACAACUCACAUCUCCAUAAUGGGAUAAAAGAGGUAAUAAUGACAGCUUAUAUGCGUGUGUUUUGCCUUUUUUUUUUAAAAAAUGAUAAGCAUUAUUCCGGCAAUUAUGCACUGAAAUUUUCCUGUUUCAAACACAAAGCUAUACCAGACGGGACGUUUGCUUGUUUUCUUUUCAAGAUGUGUUAAUGCGGUACAGUAGCACUGUGAGCCAUUUUCACAUAUAAUUUUUAGUCACAAAUUUUAUUCACAUAUUAUUUUGCCUUACGAAGCAAUAUGUUCACUUGUAGUAACUCACCUUUGGGGUACCUAGUUCUACCAAAUUCUGUAAAAAAGCAAGUAUUGUUAUGUAUUCAGCAUUUUGGUAUUGACUUGGUACUGAAGUUUUUGUUUCAUCAUUAAUUCACAAUAAAAGAUGAUGUUUUAAUUUUUAUGGUUCUUCUUAGCACUGAAAUCUAAACAGUACCAACUGUAAUGAAUCCUGGGAUGCAAUCCAUUUUCAUUUUGGACUGUUUUCAUUCAUUGUUGUAGAUCUUUCCAUUUUUUAUCAAUAGGGUGUCACCAUUUUAAGUGUUGUUUUUUGACAACAACCAUGUUAUCUAUGAUUGCUGUGGCCAUUGCCAGUCAUGUGACCUGAGAGUCAUGUGUCGUAUUGCACUUUUUUUUUUCUCAAGUAUUAUCUUUUUUGUAUUUAGAAAUCAGGGAAGGUACAUUAGACAAUGGACUGAAUAUUUUUGACUUUGAAAUUUUGGAUGAUAUUUUGUGGUUUUGAUGAAUUUUUUUGACCCUGGUCUGUGUCAUUUGGUGGUAUGUAUCGAUGCAUGCUCCCAACCUCCUCCUCCUCUUCCUCCUCCUCCUCCUGUUCAACAGCUGUUCUUUGAUUCUCACUUUCAGACACUCUUCAUUGCCUGGUCCAUUUAAUUUCACCAUCUUUUGGCUGUUUUUUUUUUUCUACAGAAAUAAUACCACCUUUGUUACUGAACAAGUGACUGACUAGUCCUACUUUUGUGCAGAAUGUCCUCCCUGCCAUACACUUCUUGAUUUUUGCUUAAAUUGUCUUCUGAUCAAAUCCAGAUGUCAUGGAAGCAGCAUGUCAGAUUUUAAUAAUUUACAGUAAGCACAAUUUCUUGGUUUGCAGAGUCACUGUGGCUGGUGGCAUUAGGAGGUUAGUUGUUAUUACAUUAAAAAUGCAUUGCUUCAAACUACCCAUAUUGAGCCCUACAAAUUGUUUAACUAUUGGGCAGAUGUUUUUCUUUCCUUUUUAUACUUCAUUUAAAUUUUCUUU